AUGGCGUGGUAUUCUAUCCUCCCGCCGAAUUUGAUCUACGUCGAGAGCUGGUUUGCUCGUUUCUUUGUCAUCCUCGGUAUAAUAACCAUCUUCCCCUGGGCGGUGCUUCUCAUCUUCGACGUGAGCCUGUAUUUGUGGCGGACGGUGGGGUAUGAACUCCCCGUGGUCGGAGGUCGCGCGAGAGGCAUGCAACGACCGCGCGCGCCUAGCUUGAACGAGAGACCGGAUGGACAACGAAGGGCUUUCGGGCUGGCGGGAUAUGAAGAUAUUAGUACGGCGACGAAGCUGGAUGUUACGGAGGCAGAGGGAUCGGUGAGGCGGAGGACGCCGACCGAUGAUAGAAAGGAAGGUUAA